CUUGACCUGACAUGAACCAACGAAAUAUGAACCAGGAAGUGGCUCCUCGUGCCUGUUUUGCUAAAACUCUUGCGUGUUAAGACGUCACUGUAUGUUAAAGCUAAGUAAAAUAGGACUACAAAAAAAAAGGAAUAUCUUCAUACUACAUUAACAUCGAGCUACAAGAUGGGUUUUGGACGUUGAAGUCGGUCGAGGAUCGCUUGUUUUGGUCGCUGUCCGAGCAGCAGGUUUGUCUCGUCUAAAUGUGAGCCGAAGCUGGAACAGCUUUUCGACAUGUCGCCACCUCAGAAACAUCACCUGUCGCACCUGCUGCUUCUCGCAGUCCUGCUGCCCUGGACGGCCGACGGGGCUAACAACGGGUCCGAGGCCGAGGCGGUGUCCUCCGCGCAUCUGGCCGGGACCGGCGUCCACUCCGGCGGGGACGUUACGGUGAAGGAGGGAUCCAGCGUGCUGAUCGAGUGUAACGUGACCGCAGGCUACGAUGACAUCAAGUGGUACAACUCUAAAGGGCCUCUGCUUGGCGGGAAGUGGCAGAUUCAGGAAGACGGAGCCCUGAACAUCACCGAGGUCUCCUUCGGUGACCGCGGCCGCUACACCUGCGUUGCCUCUGGCGGCGCCGGCGUGACCAAAAACUACACCGUCACGCUCCGCGUGGCCCACAACACCAGCACCGGCCUGGGCCUGUACUACGUGAUUGUCUGCCUGGUGACGUUCACCAUCAUCAUGGCCCUCAACGUGACGCGCCUCUGCAUGGUCAGCAGCCACCUGAAGAAGACCGAGAGGGCCAUCAACGAGUUCUUCCGCACCGAGGGCGCCGAGAAGCUGCAGAAGGCGUUCGAGGUCGCCAAGCGCAUUCCCAUCGUCACGUCGGCCAAGACGCUGGAGCUCGCCAAGCAGACGCAGUACAAGACCAUGGAGUUUGCGCGCCACAUGGAGGACCUGGCCCGGAGCGUCCCUCUGCCGCCGCUCAUCCUGCACUGCCGCACAUCGGGGGAGGAGGGAGCCGAGGCGGGAAACCCGGGGCCGCACCCUGCGGAGCAGGCCGGGCCGUCGACCUCUAGGAACAGGCAAGCUAUAGGCCCUCCCCACGCCGACAGGAACGGAGAGGGCGCGGAGGUGUGUCAGGCGCUGCUGUCAAAUGGAGGGAACAGCGAUGUCAUAGUUUCAGUGCACACCGUUUCCGUGGAGGCGGACAGCGAGGAUAGGGCGGGCCUCCGCGUGCCGGGCUCGCAAACAAGCGCGUCCUAUGAGAGCAACGUAUAAACCAGGGGUCAGCAACCUGAGGUGCGCGUCCCACCAUUGGCUCGUGGUAGCGCAACCAAUGGCACACCAGCAACAAAGUGGGGUCUUGAAAGAGGUCAUUUGGCAUGCGAAUUGUGUGAAUUAGAACAUUUCCAAAAACGGAAAUGACCUCUUUCAAAGCCAUUAGCAGUUGGGAUGGGUACCAAUACCGUGACUUCGAUAACGGUUCCUAAACGAUACUUUUUUUCAAUACAAAUUUUAUGAAA